UUUACAGACCUUGUGCAAUGGUGGUUCCUGAUUUUGAUCUUAUUUGUGAAAUUUUGCUUGUAGCAGAAGGUUUUAUGGAAGCUCAGAUUUUGUCACAGAAAUUUAUUACAUUAUAUUCAUUAUGCAAAGAAUUGUUGUCUAAACAAGAUCAUUAUGACUGGGGUCUUAGAGCUAUAAAAUCAGUUUUGGUAGUGGCUGGUAGCUUAAAGAGAAAAGAACCAGAAAUACCUGAAAAUCAAAUACUUAUGAGAGCUUUAAGAGAUUUCAAUAUACCAAAAAUUGUAGCAGAUGACACUUCUAUAUUUUUGGGGCUAAUUGGUGACCUAUUUCCAUCAUUAAAUGUCCCAAGAAAGAGAGAUCUUAAAUUUGAAGAAAUUGUGAAAAAAGCAACUAUUGCUUUGAAAUUGCAACCAGAAGAAUGUUUUAUUUUAAAGGUAGUACAACUUGAAGAAUUAUUAAAAGUUCGUCAUUCAGUUUUUGUUGUUGGGAAUACAGGUACUGGAAAAACACAAGUAUGUAAAACAUUAAUGAACACAUACAAAAUUCAGAAACUUCAUCCAAUUUCAUACAAUUUAAAUCCAAAAGUAGUAACAAAUGAUGAAUUAUUUGGUGUUGUAAAUCCUUCUACUAGAGAAUGGAAAGAUGGAUUAUUUUCUGUUAUAAUGAGAAAUCUAGCCAAUGCUCCUGGUAAUGGUCCUAAAUGGAUUAUUUUAGAUGGAGAUAUUGAUCCGAUGUGGAUUGAAUCUCUUAAUACAGUCAUGGAUGAUAAUAAGGUUCUCACACUGGCUAGCAAUGAAAGAAUUCCUUUAACUCCAUCAAUGCGUCUUGUAUUUGAAAUUGCUUCUUUGGAAACAGCUACUCCAGCAACUGUGUCAAGAGCAGGAAUUUUAUAUUUGAAUCCUACUGAUCUUGAUUGGAAUCCAUAUGUUACAAGUUGGAUUGAAGAAAGAAAAUUACAAUCAGAAAAAACAAAUCUGAUGAUACUUUUUGAAAAAUAUAUUCCAGCAUGCUUACAACAAACAAGAAAACGUUUUAAAAAAAUUAUACCAGUUACAGAAAUAAGUCAAAUUCAGAUGUUAUGUUAUCUAUUGGAUUGCUUACUAUCACAACAUUCCAUAGAAUUAUCAAAAGAAACAUAUGAAAUAUAUUUUGUGUUUGCUUGUGUUUGGGCAUUUGGUGCUUGUUUAUUUCAAGAACAUCUAAUAGAUUAUAGAGUGGAAUUUUCAAAAUGGUGGCUCAGUGAAUUCAAAACUGUAAAGUUUCCUUCUUCAGGAACAGUAUUUGAUUUUUACAUUGAUCAAGAAUCAAAACGAUUUGUUUCAUGGACUGAAAAAAUUCCUGGAUUUAAAUUAGAUUUUGAACAACCAUUACAAAAUGCUCUUGUCCAUACAAUAGAAACAACACGAAUACGUUUUUUCCUUGAUUUACUUAUGCAUCGUCAACAUCCUGUUAUGUUAGUAGGAAAUACUGGUAGUGGUAAAACUGUUUUAAUAAAUGAAAAACUAGAAGAUUUAUCAGAUGAUUAUAUGGUUAUAAAAAUACCUUUCAAUUUUUACACAACAUCUGAAAUGUUACAAAAAGUUAUGGAAAAAUCUUUAGAGAAAAAAGCAGGUAGAAAUUUUGGACCACCUGGCACUAAACGAAUGAUAUACUUUAUAGACGAUAUGAAUAUGCCUGAAGUUGAUACUUAUGGCACAGUUCAACCACAUACACUUAUUCGACAACAUUUAGAUUAUAAACAUUGGUAUGAUCGUACAAAAUUAACUCUUAAAAGAAUUCAUAAUUGUCAAUAUGUGUCAUGCAUGAAUCCUACAGCUGGAAGCUUUACUAUCAAUCCUCGUUUACAGAGGCACUUCUGUGUAUUUGCUGUCAGUUAUCCAAAUUUUGAAAGUUUGAUAAAAAUAUAUCACAGCAUAUUGUAUCAAUAUUUAACUGAUCCUUUUAGUAGAAUCUCUAGUAGUGUGUCAAAAUCAACUAAAGCAUUAGUAUUCACAGCAAUUUCUUUUCAUCAGAAAAUAUCACAAACUUACUUUCCAACUGCUUUCAAAUUUCAUUACUUUUUCAAUUUGAGAGAUUUAUCAAAUAUAUUUCAAGGAUUAUUAUUUGGCACAACUGAAUGUUUAAAAGAUACAAUUGACCUCUUGCAACUUUGGAUUCAUGAAUGUAGGAGAGUAUAUAGAGAUAAACUAGUUGAUGAAAAUGAUUUGAAACAGUUUGAUAAAAUAAUAAUUGAUAUAAUAAGAAAAACUUUUCAAGUAGAGGAUAUUAAUUAUGAAGUUAUUGAAAAAGAACGUCCAUUGUAUUGUCAUUUUAAUGAAGGAACUGCAAUAUCAAAAUAUAUGCCUGUAGUAGAUAAAAAUAACUUGUACAAAAUUUUGGUAAAUUCAUUAAAUUCCUACAAUGAAAUUCAUGCGGCAAUGAAUAUUGUUUUAUUUGAAGAUGCAGUAGAACAUAUAUGUCGAAUUAGUCGAAUUUUAAGAUUUCCUCGAGGAAAUGCUCUUCUGGUUGGUGUCGGUGGAAGUGGAAAACAAUCUUUAGCAAGACUCUCAUCAUUUAUAAAUGAUUAUGAUACAUUUCAAAUUGUUUUAAGAAAAGGCUAUGGAAUUAAUGAUUUAAAGGGUGAUUUAGCUAUUUUAUAUGAAAAAACUGGACUUAAAAACUUUGAAGUAAUGUUUUUAAUGACAGAUGCAGAAGUUGGUGAUGAAAAAUUCUUAGUAUUAAUUAAUGACCUUCUGUCUUCUGGAGAAAUACCUGGAUUGUUUUCAGAUGAAGAUGCUGAAAAUAUUAUUAAUCAUUUUAGAAAUGAAGUUAAAUCAUUAGGCCUUAUAGAUACUAAAGAGAACUGUUGGAAAUGUUUCAUUGCAAAAGUACAACAAAAGAUAAAAGUUGUUCUUUCAUUUUCACCUGUUGGAACCACAUUGAGGGUGAGAAGCCGAAAAUUUCCAGCCCUUAUUAAUUGCACCUGUAUUAAUUGGUUCCACAAAUGGCCUCAGGAGGCAUUACUAUCUGUAAGUCAGAAAUUUCUUGGAGAUAUACAAGUUUUAUCUGAUGAAUUGAAAGAUUCAGUUUCACUUUUUAUGUCUUAUGUUCACACAUCUGUGGAAGAAAUAAGUAAAGUAUUUUUGAUUAAUGAGCAUAGAUAUAAUUAUACUACACCAAAAACAUUUCUUGAAUUAAUUAAAUUAUAUGAAAAUUUAUUGCAAACAAAAUUAAAUGAGUUGCAUUCAAAUAUACAACGUCUAGAAAAUGGUUUGGAUAAACUUCUUUUAACUGAGGAUGAGGUUCAGAAAUUACACAUUAUUUUAACAGAUCAAGAGAUUCAAAUUAAACAAAAAACUGAAAGCACCAAUCAUCUGCUCACAAUAGUUGCUGCUGAAACUGAAAAGGUUAAGGCAGAAAAAAAAAUUGCUGCAGAAGAAAAGGAUAAAGUUGAAGCUAUAACUAUAGAAGUAUCAAAAAAAAAAGAAGAUUGUGAAAAAGAUUUAGCAAAAGCUGAACCAGCAGUAAUUGCAGCAAGUGAAGCUUUAAAUACAUUGGACAAAAAUAAUUUAACAGAAUUGAAAUCAUUUGGAUCACCUCCACCUGGAAUUGAAAAAGUGACAGCUGCUGUUAUGAUUUUAUUAUGUAAAAAUGGCCAAAUACCUAAAGAUCGUAGUUGGAAAGCUGCUAAGGCAAUGAUGGGAAGAGUUGAUUUAUUUAUGGAAAGAUUGGUUACAUUUGACAAAGAAAAUAUACAUAAAAAUUGUUUGAAAGCAAUUGCUCCUCUUAUAACUGAUAAAAACUUUAAUCCUGAAAUAAUAAGGAAAAAAUCAUUUGCAGCUGCUGGAUUAUGUUCAUGGGUACUGAAUAUAAUAAAGUAUUAUGAAGUUUAUUGUGAAGUUGAACCUAAAAGAAUAGCAUUAAAUGAAGCAAAAACAGAAUUGGAAAUAGCUGUAGAGAAAUAUGAACAAAUACAAGCUAAAGUUAUAGAAUUAGAAGAAAAAUUAAAUACAUUAAAAGAACAGUUUCAAAAAGCUGCAGAUGAAAAACUGAAAAUUGAAAAAGAGGCUGAAAAGACAAAUGAAAAAAUAUCUCUUGCCAAUAGAUUAGUGAAUGGAUUAGCUUCAGAAAAAGUAAGAUGGACUGAAAGCAUUGAACGUUAUAAAAUACAAGAAAAAACUUUACCAGGAGACAUCCUCAUUACAGCGGCAUUUAUUUCAUAUGUUGGAUGUUUUACAAAAAAAUAUCGCUUAGAUUUAAUGGAAAAACAUUGGAUGCCAUUUUUAAAAAAAUUAAAUAAACCAAUACCAGUAUCAGAAAAUUUAGAUCCGUUGGCAUUGCUAAUAGAUGAUGUUACAAUUGCACAAUGGAAUAAUCAAGGUCUUCCUCAGGAUAGAAUGUCCACAGAAAAUGCCACUAUUUUAAAAAAUACCAAACGUUGGCCUUUGAUGAUUGACCCUCAGUUACAAGGAAUUAAUUGGAUUAAAAAUGAAUAUGGAACUAAGUUAAAAAUAUUGAGACUGGAGGAAAAAAGCUAUUUAGAUAAAAUUGAAGAGGCACUAUCAGCUGGAAAUACUGUACUAAUUGAAAAUAUUGGAGAAAACUUAGACCCUGUUUUGAAUCCAUUGUUAAGUCGUAACACAAUUAAAAAAGGAAAAGCAAUUCAAUUAGGAGAUAAAGAAAUAGAAUUUCAUGAUGAUUUUUGUUUGAUAUUACAAACAAAAUUAGCCAAUCCUCAUUAUAAACCUGAAAUACAAGCACAAACUACGCUUAUAAAUUUUACUGUUACCAAGGAUGGACUAGAAGAUCAGUUAUUAGAAAAAGUAGUUAGUAAAGAGAGACCAGAUUUAGAAAAUAAAAAGGCUUCAUUGACAAAACAACAAAAUUAUUUUAAGAUUACUUUGAAGAAAUAUGAAGAUUCAUUAUUAUCUAGACUUUCAACAGCUACAGGAAAUAUUUUGGACAACUAUGAAUUAGUUGAAAAUUUAGAAACAACUAAACAGACAGCUACUGAAAUUACAGAAAAAGUGAAAUUAGCAAAUCAAACAGAAAAAGACAUAAAUGUAGCACGAGAAUUAUACAGAACUGUUGCAGCUAGAGCUUCUUUGUUAUAUUUCAUAUUAAAUGAUCUUUAUAAAAUAAAUCUUAUUUAUCAAUUUUCACUUAAGGCUUUUAAUAAUGUUUUUUAUAAAGCUAUUGAAAAAAACAAAUUUAGUGAUGAUAUCGAACAGAGAACUGAAAAUUUAAUUGAUAGCAUUACAUAUUCAAUUUUUAUGUACACAGCACGUGGUUUGUUUGAAGAUGAUAAAAUAAUAUUUACUACUCAAAUGGUAUUUCAGAUACUUAAAAUGAAUGAUGAAAUAGACCCAAUUUUAUUGGAUUUUCUUCUGAGAUUUCCAUCAGUUCCAAAUUCUAUUAGUCCUGUUCAGUUUCUUUCAAAUUAUAGCUGGGGAGCUAUUAAAGUACUUUCAAGUAUGGAUCAAUUCAGAAAUCUUGAUAAAGAAAUUGAAGGCUCUGCAAAACGUUGGUAUAAAUUUGUAGAUAGUGAAGCACCAGAGAAAGAAAAAUUUCCUCAAGAAUGGAAGAACAAAAUAGCAUUAGAGAGAUUAUGUAUGAUGAGAUGUCUCAGACCAGAUAGAAUGGUUUAUGCAAUUCUAUUAUUUAUAGAAGAAAAGUUAGGAAACAAAUAUGUUGAAAGUAGAAACAUUGAAUUUUCCAAAUCAUUUGAAGAAUCCUCACCUAGCACACCAAUUUUUUUUAUUUUGUCACCUGGAGUUGACCCAUUAAAAGAUGUUGAAAAUCAUGGAGAAAAAAUGGGAUAUACUACAGAUAAUAAAAAUUUUCACAAUGUAUCUUUGGGCCAAGGUCAAGAAAUAGUUGCUGAAAAUGCUUUAGAUAUUGCUAGUCAGAAAGGACAUUGGGUUAUUUUGCAGAAUAUUCAUCUAGUUCAAAAGUGGUUACCCAACCUUGAAAAAAAAUUAGAACAAUAUUUUGAAGAUAGUCAUCCAAAUUUCCGUGUAUUUAUGAGUGCAGAGCCUGCAGAAAGUCCAGAAACACAUAUUAUUCCCCAUGGAAUUUUAGAAUCAGCAAUUAAAAUUACUAAUGAGCCUCCUAGAGGAAUGCUUGCAAAUCUACACAGAGCUUUUGAUAAUUUUGAUCAGGAUGUUUUAGAAUCAUGUUCUAAAGAAAUGGAAUUCAAAAGUAUUUUAUUUUCAUUGUGUUAUUUCCAUGCAGUAGUUGCAGAAAGACGUAAAUUUGGACCUCAAGGAUGGAACAAAAUUUAUCCAUUUAAUUUUGGUGAUCUAAUUAUAAGUGUCAAUGUCCUUCAAAAUUAUCUUGAAAAUUCAAGUAAAGUCCCUUGGGAGGAUUUACGUUAUUUAUUUGGUGAAAUAAUGUAUGGAGGUCAUAUAACUGAUGAUUGGGAUAGAAGAUUAUGUAAAACAUAUUUAGAAGAAUACAUGGCACCUGAAUUAUUGGAUGGAGAAUUGAUGUUUGCUUCUGGUAUUUGUUGUCCUCCAAAUCUGGAUUACAAUGGUUAUCAUAAAUAUAUUGAUGAAACAAUAUUAUCCGAAAGUCCCCAUUUAUAUGGUUUGCAUCCAAAUGCUGAAAUUGGUUUCUUGACCCAAGCUUCAGAAAAUUUAUUUGGAUCUUUAUUAGAACUUCAACCUAGAGAUAUAAAUCUUGGAGAAGGAACUACUACUACUCGAGAAGAACGGAUUACACAAAUUAUAGAUGAUAUAAUGGAAAGAUUGCCAAGUCAGUUUAUUUUAGCUGAUCUGUUCACAAGAGCUGAAGAUAAAACUCCUUAUACAGUAGUAGCAUUCCAAGAAUGUGAACGCAUGAAUUUCUUAUUAAAUGAAAUUCAGAAUUCUUUGAAGGAAUUAAAUCUUGGAUUAAAGGGAGAAUUAACAAUAACUGCUGAAAUGGAAGAAUUAGAAAAUUCCUUAUUUCUUGAUCAUGUUCCUAAAACAUGGACUAAACGAGCUUACCCAUCACUUCUUGGAUUUACUGCCUGGUAUUGUGAUUUAAUUCUUAGAGCUAAAGAUCUAGAAUCAUGGGUAAAUGAUUUUGUUCUUCCAUCAUCUGUUUGGUUAUCUGGAUUUUUCAAUCCACAGUCUUUUCUAACUGCAGUGAUGCAAGUUACUGCAAGAAAAAAUGAGUUACCUCUAGAUAAAAUGUGUUUACAGUGUGAAGUCACUAAAAAGAAUCGAGAAGAUUUUACAUCACCUCCUAGAGAAGGAGCUUACAUUCAUGGUUUAUAUAUGGAAGGAGCAAGAUGGAAUACUUCAACAAACUUAAUUGAUGAUGCUCAAUUAAAAGAACUUUACCCAGAAAUGCCUGUCAUCUAUGUGAAAGCUAUACUUUCAGAAAAACAAGAAAUUAAGAAUACAUUUGAAUGUCCUCUAUACAGGACACGAGAACGUGGCAAUACAUAUAUUUGGACUUUUAAUCUGAGAACAAAAGCAAACACAUCAAAAUGGAUAAUUGGUGGUGUAGCACUUCUAUUAGAAAAAUAAUUUUAGUAAUACACAUUCAUUUCUUUUCAUGGUAAUUUGAAUAAAUAUACAGUAAAUUAAAGAAAUCAUUUUAAAAUUAAAAUGUAAUAUUCUUUCUUCU